CUCCGCGCAACGCUCACGCAACCAACCAACCAACCAACCAACCAACCAACCAACAAUCCACUCGCUCUUCGCGAGCAGGCGACAAAGCUGACCGACGCACAAGUGUGCCUCCUUGCUUGACACCACACCUUCACUGCGUCCGCUUGCCAAAGCUACGCCCAGACAUUGGCGUCCUUCCACUGCCGUGCUGCCCGCGCUGCGACACCACCCUCCUUUCCUUUCUGCUUGUCGGUAAACAUCACGCACAGCACUAUCUUACAGCGCACGCCGACACUCUGGCCACAGGAGCCGAGUAGCAUCUGAGCCUCGCUGAGGGCUACCUCCACGCAAUCGCCGCGGCGCACUUGACGAACCAACCAUGGCGGACAAAUACGAGGCGCUUCAGAGUUGGGGCUUCGCGCUGGUAUUGUUUGCGGCUGUUGGUUACUAUUACGCCUCCACCGGCAAGAAAGCGCGGUCGAAGCAGCCCCCAAAAUCGACUCCGGCGCGAGAGACCAGGCCCGAGGUCAAGAAGGCCGCAAAGAAAGUCCCGAGCCAUGCAGAGAAAGCGGCUGCGGCCCCAAGAGAUGUGAGCAGUGGCUCAGAGCAGCAGCCACAGGUGUCGCAGAGCGGGCUCAAGAAGCGGAAAGCCAACACGCAGGCACCUAUUCCGACCAGUUCCGAUGCGACCGCAGGGCAGAUGGAUGAUGACGAAAUCGACAUGUCUACGCGACACUUCGCGGAGUCGCUGAGGCGGGCGCAGGAGGGCACCGAUCUGAAGAAAACAAACAAGACGGAGGCUCGCGUAAAGACCGUCAAGGCCAAGAACAGCCAGGCAAUCGAUGCUCCCACUCCAGUCUUCGAGCCAUCUUCUCAACCCGAAGAUGACAGUCGGGCAUCCGCUGCCUCAACAGCGCUUCAGACAAGCGGCGUCGCUGAUAUGAUUGAGCCAGCAGCUUCCGGCCCAAACUCAUUACGCAUCACAGCUCCGACAAAGCCUGUCAAGGAAAAGACGAAUAAGCCAAAGAAAGAGGCACAGGAGGAGACGAAGAAAGCACGCCAGAAUCGGCAAAGAAAAGAGGCCGAACAAGCAGCUCGUGCACAGGCUGAUGCAGAGCAGAAGAGACUCAUGGAGCAACAACGACGAAUUGCUCGUGAAGCCAGAGGCGAGCCAGCAAGAAACGGGGUUACCACUUCGUCCGCCCCAGCGAAGAAUGCUUGGGCCGAGCAGAACGCAGCCAGAGACACAGAGGUUGCUUCCUCUAGCAAUCAGGCCUCUUUACUGGACACCUUCGAUGUCGAAUCAAACAGUUCAUCAAAUGCUGGUAUCAGCACUGCGGCUACCUCAACUACAGACAAUGUUGGAUCCGGCGACGAUGAUCUGUCGCGAGCGUUGGAAGAGUCCAACCACGAAUCUGGCUGGAGCGAGGUAAAGACCAAGAAAGUCAAGAACAAGACUACCCAGAAUGGCGACGCCACCCCAGUCCCGAGUACUGCCGUUUCAGCGAGCAAGACAGCUCAGCCGCAGAAGAAAACAUCUCGAUUUGGCGCGCUCCAAGACGAAUAUGUCGACGAUCCAUCAAACUGGCAGGCAUAAGCAGGCCAACGUGAUCGCCAUCAUCGAACUUUCUCCAUUCCUGGCGAAGUAGGCCAGACGAAAACAUAUGCAAUAGAAAUCUGAUUUCAUCUUGUCAAAAUGCAUCAACAGACGCUGCAGCGGCGCACCAUGACCUUCAUAAAGGCGUGCGCGUCCGCAAGACUUCGGUACCUUAACACCGAACUGACACACUGGGCGACACCACGAGUAUGUCAGGCACAAAAGCGAGUCGAAAUGAACUCAAGGGCGUUGGAAGGAAAUUUGGGCAAUGCGAGUCGAGGAAGAGAACUAGGCGAUCGUUUUACUUAUCAGAACAAGGGCUGUGCCGGACAAGUAGAUGGCUCACAUAAUCGCGUGGCAGACACUGUAUUGCGAUGUUCUGUGCAGGACUCACAUCGCUUUCUACAAGUCAUAAAAGGCAGAUAUUUUCUGAGACAGUCUUUGGUCAAGUAAAGAAUGGCUUUUUGUCCUUCUGCCCAAAAAUACACUCAACCCAGCGAGGCGACUCUACGCCCAGCGAUCCAUUCAUCGAUAAGAGAAGCAACGAAGCCGCAUUCAUAUCUACAUGUCUCAAGGUCGCAAAACCGAUCAUUUCCCUAGACGUCUUGAUCCUCUUUUUGUCGAAAGUCCCGUAUAGUUAGUUCUACAGCCCGCUCAAUCGAUAUUGACCGCGAAAGGAAAAUAAAACAGAACGCCUCCCGCUAUGCUCAAGGUAGUAGUCGUAGUAGUAGUGUCGCAAAGCCGUGCACGCAACGCCGCAUCAAAUAGAGAUGAGGCAGCGUUGCAGGGGGUAUAAGUGGCCAUGCCCAGUUGUGAAUAUGCAUCAGGCGUCUCUCUUCCUCCCAUUCCCUUUCCCAGAUAAAGCACACUUUC